UCAGGGGUAAAGAGUUGGACUAUGAAAUACCUGAGCGAUCAAACAUCAUUCGUACUGUAUCGAGGUAAAAACUCAAAAUUGAGAAGAAUUAAACAUGGGAUUCCACAGUCCCUCUUCGUUGCUGUUUAACUUCUAUAUAUCGAAAUCCCUGAACAACCAGGGGGUAUUUCUAUCACCUCGUACGCUGGUGACUGCAUGAUAAUGUCGUCGGGCAAUGGAGAAUCUCCGACCUUUUUCGCUUCCUCUCUAAGGCUCCCUACGGAACCUAACACACUCCCCCACUAAAUCUACAGCGACCACAUUCACAAACUGGAUGAAGGAGUACAGACUUGACCGUACUAUUGCAGUCGAUGGCGUUAAAAUUCCGACUGCGAUUAUUUCCAAAGUACAGAACCACAACGAAACCCUCAAGUCGAUAGUCGGCAGCACGAGAGAAAAAGUAAAGAAAAGUAGUUGGGAGCACACAAAGCAAUGGGCCGGCCGGUCCUUAACUACGCCGUACCAAUAUGAUCGCCUGGAUGAAGUGAAAUGCAGACGAUGAAGCUUCAGACAUGCCAGAACACUCCGGACUAUAACGGCAUGCCUCUUGGUGUCUCCUAUUGAACAUCUACACAGUGAGGCCUGUAAAAACUACCCCCGUAGUCACUUGCUUGAAGCGGAAUCGCCUUCCAGGAGCGUCAAGAGGUACUUCGCCAACUACGUCGAUGACGUAAGACCAUAACUGCUUGAACUUGUUUACCAUUUAACUCAAAUAUAGGUUAGGUUAGGUUAAAAGGUCGUCCAUAAGAAGAAUCUUACUUGGUCAGCUUAGCAGGUCGGUCCGUUGUGUCUAUAAACUGCUAUAUACUGAAUCAUAAGACCCUUACAGAUCGACAAAGCGCUUUGAGCCUGUCACCAAUUUGUUGAGACGGCUAAUAUCAGUUUCGGCUAUGUUUCUUGGUACGCCGAAUUUAAGGUUUCAGCCAAUAUAGCUAAAAAAACUGAAAAAUUGAAAACUUCACAAAUUUAACGUACCUAACUCGUAUCUUAGAUUAUGUUUGCCGAAGUACACCCACAUAAUUCUAUGUUGUAAAGAUAGUAGCAGCUGCUUGGAGGUCAAUAUCAUGUAAACUAAGCAAGUUCAUUGUACUAGAUUUGUAACGCGGAGGCCGGGCGUAUUAGCUCGUAUAGAUAAGCCUAAACAUUUGGCCUCAUCAUAACUGUAAACUAUGUACACAGUUGUUUUUGGUUAGAACCGGCGUAUAUAUAAGAGACACCACAUUAGCCAGCGUUUGAAUCUUAAGAAGCAUCUAAAAUGAACGACCGCGCUUACAAGUCUACAAUCUUACUGCUGCUGAGCAUUGUAAUGCACUCCACGGCUGAACACAACAUAGCAGCAGCAACAACGAAGCGGGCUCCAAGGCAGUUAGAGAGUUCCGUUGGACGCAUUGUGGGCGGCUACGAGGCACAAAUAUCACAGUUUCCCUAUCAAGUGUCCAUCCAGCAGGAAGGUGUCCACCGCUGCGGUGGCGCCAUUUACAGCGCAACGAUUAUAGUGAGCGCUGCACACUGCUUCGAAUUGUGGGAUAUGCCGGAGUUGUUUGCCGUGCGCGCCGGUUCGUCGGAGCACGAGCGCGGUGGUGUAUAUUUGCCGGUACGACGCAUUUUCGUACAUCCGCAUUUUCAGCCUACUAACGGUAUUAGCGAUGACAUAGCAGUGUUGGCGUUGACAUAUUCACUACCGUUUAGCGUAAAUAUUCAACCGAUACUGUUGGCUUCAAGCGCAGAUAUGGCAGUUGCAUACCAUACGGUAUACUUUGUGAGCGGUUGGGGUACCGUUAUGGAGGAUUCGCGCUUGAGAUCGCCACGUUUGCGCUUCGUAACUGUACAGCAAUUCGAACAGCGCUCAUGCGAAGCCGCUUACAGUAGCACCGUGCGUGUAACCGAGGGAAUGUUGUGUGCCGGUGCGCUGGGUGGUGGGCGUGAUAGCUGUAAGGGAGAUUCCGGUGGACCUUUGGUGGGCUAUGCGCGUGGGCGAUAUGUGUUGAUGGGUGUGGUGUCGUUCGGCAUCGGUUGUGGAAGACCGGGUAUACCCGGUAUUUAUACACGUGUUGCAGAGUACAAGGACUGGAUUGAGUUGGCGGCGAAUCAGAUUUGAAUUGGUAGUAGUUUAAGAGGGGUUAAAAUUUCAAACAAUUAAAUAUAAGAAAUGUAUUUCUGUAAGACAGCUUAAGUUAUGUUAGAUGUUCUUAUAGUUUUGAUUAGAUUCUAAAAUAAGAUCUUAUAGUUCUGAUUAAAAAAUAAAGUGAGGUUAUGUUGCCAAAAACUAUUUCCUAUUUUUAGAAACUGUCUCGUAUGUUUUCGGUAGAAUCUUCAAGUAUUUUGCUGAAACAACAACUAUAGACCUCGAUAACUUUGAACGAACCCUAUUGUCAGUGCCGCUGAAUACCGGGUCGGGAUUCAAAUGAUUGAAUUUGCGUUUCUGUCUCGAGUCGAUCGAGUCGAUUUCACUUCUGUUGGGCGGCAGGUUACAAAGGAAAAGAGAUAGCGGACGGGAUUACCAAGAAUGGUGUACUGCUGUCAUCCAACAAUUACCUUAUCGACGAUCUGCACCAGAGCAUGGGUAGGAAGGAUAAAAAUCGAUGGAACGAUCUAUCGGGCUCAAAAAUUAACAAAGUUCCUCUUCACUCUUAGUAUAAGAGAUGAAGGAACAUGAUUGGAAUACUCACUGAUCAUAGUCUGAUGGCGGCAUAUGCUUACAGAAUGGGGCUGACAGAUCCAGGGAUACAAUGGAGCAUUUUUUGUCCACUUGUCUCGACCUAGCAAAACAACGCUUAAAACAAUUGGAGCCCUACGAUAUGAGACACUGGAAGAGGUAUCGGUACUGAGGCCGCAGAACCU